AACCAGCCGGGAGGAAGAGAAGCACCUCCAGACCCCCUCUGGAAAAAGCCCAGACACUUAGACAGUCAGGUUCUGUCCCUCUCCCACACACACUGCCCCGGACGCCAUGAGCACAGAAAGCAUGAUCCGGGACGUGGAGCUCGCUGGGGAGGAGCCCCUCAAGAAGGCAGGGGGCCCCCAGGGCUCCAGGCGGUGCUGGUGCCUCAGCCUCUUCUCCUUCCUGCUGGUGGCGGGAGCCACCACGCUCUUCUGCCUGCUGCACUUCGGAGUGAUUGGCCCCCAGCGGGAAGAGUUCCAGAGCAGCCCUUUCAGCUCCCUGGCCCAGACAUUCUCACUCAGAUCAGCUUCUCAAAACGGGAAGGACAAGCCUGUCGCUCAUGUUGUAGCAAACCAACAAGCACAGGAGAAGUUGGAGUGGCUGAGCAAGCGUGCCAACGCCCUCAUGGCCAAUGGCAUGAACCUCACAGACAACCAGCUGGUGGUGCCGUCAAAUGGGCUGUACCUCGUCUACUCCCAGGUCCUCUUCAAGGGCCAAGGCUGCCCCUACUACUUGCUUCUCACCCAUACUGUCAGCCGCUUAGCCGUCUCCUACCAGGACAAGGUCAACCUCCUCUCUGCCAUCAAGAGUCCCUGCCAGAAGGAGACCUCAGAGGGGGCUGAGCUCAAGCCCUGGUACGAGCCUGUCUACCUGGGAGGGGUCUUCCAGCUGCAGAAGGGAGACCGCCUCAGCGCCGAGGUCAAUCUGCCUGGCUAUCUCGACUUCGCCGAGUCGGGGCAGAUCUACUUCGGGGCCAUUGCCCUGUGAGAAGGACAGAUGUCUGCCCACCCCUCCCCCUCCCCACCACAGUCCCUUUGGUUAUUCACUCCUUCGGGUCCCCUCAUCCUCUUCUGGCUCCGAAAGGGAAUUAGGGGCUCAGGGCCAAACUGCAAGCUUGGAAUUUGAAACGAUACCACCACUCAGAAACCGAGGGCAUAGGGAUGUGCGGUGUGGACCAUGGGGUGCUCACUAACCACUAUCAAGAAUUCAAAGGGGGCUUCCGGUUUGGAUCUCUGAGUUCCGCUUGGGACGUCUGGAACAUGAGGAUCGGGAAGCCUUUGGUUUGGGACACUCCUCAGGAAGACCUCGCCUAGAACGUGACAUGAGUGAACCUCAGGCCUUCCUCUCUUCAAAUGUUUCCAGAAUCGUCCCUGAGCUCUGGAUCCCAACUCUCUCCACAGGGCCAAGCCCCUCUAUUUAUGAUUGUACUUGUAUUUAUUAUUUAUUUAUUAUUUAUUUAUUUACUGAUAAAUAUAUUUAUUUGGAAGGUUAGAGUGUUUGGGGGCCCACCAUAGGAACAGCCUCGGGCCAGACAUGUUUUCUAUGAAAACGGAAUGACCUAUGGGCUGUUCCCACCUUGGCCUCUCGGCCUCUGUGCCUUCUUUUGCUUUUGUUUAAAACAAAAUAUUUAUCUAACCUGGUAUCUCAAUAAUGCUGAUUUGGUGACCGACUGUUGCUGCAUCGCUGAAACUCUGCUCCCCAGGGGAGUUGUCUGUA